AUGGGGCCCUGGCUUGGGGGCGCCACCUUGUGGUUAUUCUGGGGCAGCUUCGCUUCCGCCAACGUGCUGCAUCAAAUCAUUAUUAAUUUAAUGGUUUCCCUCAAUUAAAAUUAAAUAGCGUCUGUGAAGAACGGCGUUUCGAAAAGUUUGCAAAUGCAUGACUGUGGGACAGUACCACUGCUGGAUGUGAUUUCAGGGUCUCGAAUUAUAGGUGGUCAUGAAGCUCAUAUUGGAGCAUGGCCAUGGAUGGUUAGUCUGCAGUUUUCAAACAUUUUCAACAAAUCCAUUCAUUUGUGUGGUGGAUCCAUAAUUAAAGAAAUGUGGGUCCUCACAGCAGCCCACUGCUUUAAAAUGUCUAGAGAGCCACAAUUUUGGGUAGCUGUAGUUGGAGUUAAUGAUAUUUUACAGAACCGUAAGAAGAAUAAGAAAAUUAAAAUUGAUGACAUCAUCAUACAUCCAGAAUACAAGCAUAAUACCUUUGAAAAUGACAUUGCACUAAUUCAUUUAAAAGAUCCUGUUACUUAUAAUGACUUUGUUCAACCUAUUUGUUUGCCAUUUUUUAAUGAUGUGCCAAAAAUAACCAGUGCCAAACGGUGCUUCAUAAGUGGUUGGGGAAAAAGAAGAGAAGAAGGUAUUUUGACACCUUUAUUACACGAAGCUGAAAUACAUUAUAUUCCUUGGGAUACAUGUAAUGCAAUAGGAAGUUAUUCAGGAAGAGUUCCUAAUACUUCAUUCUGUGCAGGUGAAAGUUAUGGAAAUGUUGAUACUUGCACGGGUGACAGUGGAGGUCCUUUGAUGUGCUACUUUCCAGAAAAUGAAAAAUUUUUUCUAAUGGGUAUUACCAGUGCUGGAGUUGGCUGUGGCAGACCAUUUUUUCCUGGUAUUUAUACUAAGGUCCUAUUAUAUGAAACAUGGAUAAAAGAUAUGUGGCUUCUGGAAGCUCCUACCGGCAAAAAUGAAAUGAAUAUUGUACAGGGAAAGAUUAUAAUAAUUAUGGCAUUUGUCAUCUUAUUUGUGCCCAUAUAAAAUGACAUUAAUUUAAGAACAAGAUUCCUUCACUUUGUAAUGUGUCUUCUUCACAUCUUCAUGUUAUCUGAAUUUUGUGUAUCAGCAUUUCUUAUUGAUAUGAAAAAGUUCUGAUAGGUUAGGUAUACAGUUUAAAUUUGAUACUGAAUCGUAUGUUUUUCUUUAGUAUUUCUAUAUUGUUUGAUUAUCUAAUAAUAAUGCUUUAUAUUUAUAAUACUUUCCCCAUAGUUUAUAACAAAUAUAUGUUACAACAUGUACUUUAUAAUGCACAUAAUUAUCUAGAGUAAUGGAUGUCCAUCAGUUGGAAAAUGGCUGAAUAAGUUAUGAUAUAUGAAUGUUAUGGAAUAUUAUUGUUCUAUAAGAAACAAUCAGCAAGAUGAUUUCAGAGAGGCCUGGAGAGACUUACAUGGAUUGAUGCUAAGUGAAGUGAGCAGAACCAGCAGAUCAUUGUACACAGCAACUAUAUGAUGAUCAAUUUUGAUGGAUGUGGCUCUUUUCAAAGUAAGAUGAUUCAGGCCUGUUCCAAGGAUCUUGUGAUGAUGAGAGCCAUCUACACCCAGAGAGAGGACUGUGGGAAAUGAGGGUGGAUUACAAUGUGGCAUUUCACUCUUUUUGUUGUGGUUUGCUUAAAUUUUAUUUUCUUUCUCAUUUUUUUUUCUUUUUUGAUCCGAUUUUUCUUGUGCAGCAAGAUAAUUGUAUAAAUAUGUAUGCCUAUUUUGGAUUUAACAUAUAUUUUUACCCAUGUUUAACAUAUAUUGGAUUAUAUGUCAUCUAGGGGAGGGGGUAGAGGGAAGGGGAAGAAAAAUUGGAACACAUGGUUUUUCCAAAAGUCAAUGUUGAAAAAUUAUCCUUGGAGAUGUUUUGAAAAUAAAAAACUUCAAUUAAAAAAAUUAUCUAAAGUAUA